AUGAACGAAGCCACUCAAACCUUGCCUGAUAAUAUUGCGGAACUGCAAAAGCUGGUGCUGGAUCUACAGGUUAAAGUGAACUGGUAUGAGGAGCAGUUUCGUUUAUCACAGCAUAAACGCUUUGGUGUUUCCAGUGAAAAAGGAGCUGUUCAUCCUGACUUGUUUAAUGAAGCAGAAACAUUUGCCGAUGAUCACGCUGAGUCUGAUGCAGCGGUUCAGGAAACGAUCACCUAUACCCGUAAAAAGCCGGGUCGCAAAGCACUGCCUGCGGAUCUGCCUCGCAAAAUUGAUCGUCAUGAAUUGCCCGAAUCAGAGCAGAUAUGUGAUUGUGGACAUGCGCUGCAUGUCGUCGGCGAAGCCAGCUCAGAGCAACUAGAAAUUAUUCCUGCUCAGGUUUAUGUCAUUGAGCAUGUUCAAGUCAAAUAUGCCUGCCGUGGCUGUGAAGAAGGGUUUAAAACAGCACCAAAGCCUGCUCAACCGAUCCCCAAAAGCUUUGCAACACCUGGGUUACUGGCCUAUAUCAUCAUUUCCAAAUUUCUCGAUAGCUUGCCACUGUAUCGACAGGAAGCCAUCUUCAAACGUUACAACAUCGAACUCUCCAGAGCGACCAUGUCCAACUGGGUGCUUACUAUAGCCGAAUUGUUGAAACCUUAUUAUGACCGGCUAAAACAUCAUCUGAUCACUCAAACCUUUAUACAAGCCGAUGAAACGACCUUGACGGUGGUGCAAGAUGGUCGAGAAAACGGCACGAAGUCUUAUAUGUGGCUGUAUCAAAGUGGUGAACAUCGACCACUGUAUCCAGUCGUGCUGUAUGACUAUCAAUCGACGCGGGCGGGAUAUCAUGCCAAAACCUUUUUAAGUGGAUUUAAAGGUUAUCUGCAAACGGAUGGGUUUCCGGGUUACCACCUGAUGGAAAGCGACGCUCUGGUGGUCUUGCUGGGUUGCAUGGCGCAUGCCCGCCGCAAAUUUGAUGACGCGUUAAAAGCGUUGCCGAAGGAAAGUCGCAAAAAAUCCGGCAAGGUGCAACUGGCACUGAGCCUGAUUGCAAAGCUGUAUGCGGUUGAAUCGGAGAUUAAGGAUUUAACUGUGGAACAGCGAUACCUGGUUCGACAACAAAAGAGCAAGCCGGUGCUGAAUCAAUUAAAAGCCUGGUGUGAUCAAUCGGUUACCCAGGUAACCAAAGACAGUCGGUUGGGCAUGGCGAUACAUUAUGUGAUUAAUCAAUGGAAAUAUCUGACUCGGUAUCUGCAAGAUGGUGCAUUACAAAUUGAUAACAACACGGUAGAGCAGCGCAUAAAGCCAUUUGUGAUCGGGCGAAAAAACUGGUUGGUGAAUCAAACCCCCAGAGGUGCCAAUGCUAGUGCACUAUUGUAUUCACUAGUUCAAACCGCAAAGGCCAACAACCUGGAGCCUUUUGCUUAUCUGAAAUAUCUUUUAACUGAACUACCCAAGUUAGGUCGGCACUAUCAGGCUGAGCAACUCGAUCAGUUUUUACCCUGGAACCUCGUUGAAAAAAUCCAGCCCCUGGAUAAAGUGGCUUAG